GCUCGCGGACGCGCGCGCGGCUCGGAGCAGGAGUCAGAAAGAAUCAAAACACAGCAGAAAAAGCGAGUGAAGGAGGAUUAAAGCACACGGGGACGGACCGGAAAGUGUAGAGAGAACACAUAGGCGAGAAACGAGUGGACGCCUAAGGUGUUAAAUAUCCGUUUUACCAAUACGGAGUACCGUUUCCCCCUCCUUUUCUUAUUCUUCUUCAGUGACUGAGAAGGACCUGAGAACAUUUUCGAGUUUUUUUUCACGGACGUGUUAAGGUCGGUGUUAGCGUGGCGCGCGCGGACAGCCGGUAAUUCACCCCAGAGUAAAUAACUGCUAAAAGAAGGAAAGGAAAGAAAAUUGGCAACAAAACUACUUCAAAGCUGGUUGUUGUUAAGUUGUUUCCCGUUGUGUCGGUGAAGAAAGACUGAGUGGACGACACAUUGUAACAAACACAAGAUGAUCUCUUCUUCGUCUACUUCUUGUUCUUGGACAUGUUGUGAUUAAAACCUCUCCGCAGACGCUUAACGGUCUUGCACUGACGAGAUUGUGGAUCAAAACUCCAGGCUUUGAGGUGUGUUUCCCUCCAGAACUCUCCAGAGCUUCACGUUGUGAUGAUGAUGAUGACGAUGAUGAUGAUGAAGAAGAGGAAACUACACUGAUUUGAGAAUGACGAGGUUUUCCUGAUCCAGUACUCGGGCACAAGUUUGGAGUCUGACCUUUUCCUUGUCAGAGAUUGCAGAGAGUGCAGCUUUAUCAGGAGUGGAUUUCCAGCUUAGAAUGACAGACCUCAGGAUCAGGAGUUCAUCUGAGUCGUUUCACGUCGUCCAACAGGACUGAGAUCACUUCCUCGUCCUAUGGACUGUUAUCCAGAACCCUAGCUCGGACCGCAUUAACAUUUCGGACGUUCGGACGCUUUUCGUGACUCCUCGGAGUCUUGGGCAGCGGCCCCUCGUCCAGAGGGCAUUCUGAGCUUCGUUCGUCUUUCUGCUGUCACUAUGGAGGAGUGGAGACAGUGCGCCCGGUGGCUCAUCGACUGCAAGGUCUUGCCCCCGAAUCACCGGGUGGUUUGGCCCUCGGCUGUCGUCUUCGACCUGGCCCAGGCGCUCCGAGAUGGGGUGCUCUUGUGCCAAAUGCUGCACAAUCUGUCACCCGGAUCUGUAGACCUGAAGCAGAUCAACUUCAGGCCUCAGAUGUCACAGUUCCUGUGCCUGAAGAACAUCCGGACGUUUCUCAAGGUGUGCCACGACAAGUUCGGUCUGAGGAACAGCGAGCUCUUCGACCCCUUCGACCUGUUUGACGUGAGGGACUUCGGGAAGGUGAUCUCUGCGCUGUCCAGAAUCUCCCACCACAGCAUCGCUCAGAUCAAAGGCAUCAGGCCUUUUCCAUCAGAGGACACAGCGCUGAACGAAGAUGACGUCUACCGAAGCUUGGAGGAACUGGCCGAUGAGCACGAUGUGGGUGAGGACGAUAUCUACGACUGUGUGCCAUGUGAAGAUGAAGGAGAUGAUAUCUACGAGGACAUCAUUAAGGUGGAAGUUAGACAGCCCAUGAAAAUGGGCAUGACGGAGGACGACAAGAGGAACUGCUGCUUGGUGGAGAUCCAGGAGACGGAAGCGAAGUACUACAAGACACUGGAGGACAUUGAAAAGAGUUACAUGAUCCCCCUGAAGCAAGUCCUAACUCCACAGGAGAUGAAGGCCAUAUUUGUGAAUCUAGAGGAUAUCAUCAGAGUCCACUUUGCCUUGCUGAGGGCUAUCGACCAGAACAUGGUGAUCGGAGGCAGCGGACUUGGAAAGAUCUUCCUGGACUUCAAGGAGAGGCUGCUGAUCUACGGUCAGUACUGCAGUCACAUGGAGCACGCCCAGAAGACGCUGGACGACCUGAUUGCCACGCGGGAGGAGGUGAAGUGUAAAGUGGAGGAGUGCACCAUGAAGGUACAGGAGGGGAAGUUCAAACUGCAGGAUCUGCUGGUAGUUCCUAUGCAGAGGGUCCUCAAAUACCACCUCCUGCUCAAGGAGCUGGUGAGCCACUCGAUGGAUCGGCCGGAGAGACAGCAGCUGAAGGAGGCCCUGGAAGCCAUGCAGGACCUGGCCAUGUAUAUCAAUGAGGUGAAAAGGGACAACGAGACUCUGAAGAAAAUCGGGGAAUUUCAGUGCUCAAUAGAAAAUUUGCAGGUGAAACUGGAGGAAUACGGGAGGCCAAAGAUAGACGGAGAAAUCAAAGUGUGCUCUAUAGUUAACCGGACCAAACAGGACAGGUACAUCUUCCUGUUUGAUAAAGUGGUAAUUGUGUGCAAGAGAAAAAACUACAACUACGAGCUGAAAGAAAUCAUCGAGCUCCAGUAUUACAAAAUGUCAGACGACCCUACAAAUAACCGAGACAUGAAAAAGGCCAGUGGAAAGAUGUGGUCGUACGGCUUCUACCUGAUCCAUCUGAAAGGCAAGCAAGGCUUCCAGUUCUUCUGCAAGACAGAAGACACCAAAAGAAAGUGGAUGGAACAGUUUGAGAUGGCCAUGUCCAACAUCAAGCCAGAGAGAGCCACGGCCAACCAGCACGACUUCCAGAUGCACACGUUUGAAAAGAACACCAACUGCAGAGCCUGUAAGAUGCUCCUGAGGGGGAUCUUCUAUCAGGGUUACUACUGUUCCCGCUGUGGGACCGGUGCUCAUAAAGAGUGCCUGGAGGUCAUCACCAUCUGUAAAAUCAAUCCCCAUGAUUCGGAGCUUGGACUUCCUCAGUCAGGUCCAAAGAUGGUUGCAAUCAGGAACUACCACGGUACUCCAGCUCCCCCGGGGAAGUGCCCUCUCUCCUUCCAAACAGGUGAUGUCAUUGAGCUUUUGAAGGGAGAUCCAGACACCUCUUGGUGGGAGGGGAAGCUCAUUCAGACCCUGAAGAUCGGCUACUUCCCCAGCUCCAGCGUAAAGCCAUGUCUAGAUCCAAAGCCGUCUCAGUCUCUUCCCAGUCGUCAGUCCUCAAGAGAGAUGGAUUACAAUGUUUAUCCUUGGUUUGCGGGGAACAUGGAGAGGCAGCAGGCUGAUAACCUCCUGAAGUCUCACAGCAGCGGAACAUACCUGAUCAGAGAGCGAACCGCGGAGGCCGAACGCUUUGCCAUCAGCAUAAAGUUCAAUGAUGAAGUGAAGCACAUUAAAGUGAUCGAGAAAGACAACUGGAUUCACAUCACAGAAGCAAAGAAGUUUGAGAGCCUGCUGGAGCUGGUGGAGUAUUAUCAGUGUCACUCACUGAAAGAGAGCUUUAAGCUGCUGGACACAACGUUACGAUACCCGUACAAGUCCAGAGAGCGCUCCAACUCCAGAGCCAGCACCCGCUCUCCAGCAGCCUCCUGUGCUUCCUACAACUUCUCCUUCCUCAGUCCUCAAGGCCUCAACUUCUCAUCUCAGAGCUCUACUCCCUUCUGGUCAGUUUUCACACCGAAGGUGGUGAGCACAGCGGUGGCCAGAUAUAACUUUGCCGCUCGAGACAUGAGAGAGCUGUCUUUGAGAGAAGGCGACACCGUGAAAAUCUACAGCAAGAUCGGAGGAGACCAGGGCUGGUGGAAGGGAGAGGCUAACGGCAGGAUUGGCUGGUUCCCUUCAACAUACGUCGAUGAGGAAGGCGUGCAGUGAAGCUCUGACGUCAUCUGCUCUCUCCAAUCAGAUCGUCUCUUGUCCACUUCCGUCUGGGAGGGGAUUUCUUCGGUUUCCACAGAAACCCCGUGUGGAAUACAUGUUUGUUUUUGUUUUGUUUUUUAGCUGGAAACUGAUUUGACAGUGAAUAUUUGUACUCCUGUUUCUUCAUUUCAAAUCUACUUUUCUUUUUCUUUUUCUUCUUCUUCUGAACAUGUGUGAUCUGUGUGAAGAAAACUGGAAAUUGUUUCUGUUGGAGGAACAGAGCAGAGCAGAACUUCAUAUUGGGCAGGGCAGAGCUUCUGCUGAUCCUGAAUUUGUGUAAAAAAAAAAAAAAAAAAAAAAAGAUCUAUAAAGAUUUCUAUGGCCAAACAGCAUGAGCUGCGGUGGGAGGGGGGUGUAUAGAUAAUUUAUUCCAGAGAAGUAUCUAUGAUUUAAAAAAAAAAAAAAAAAAAAAAAAAAAGAAGAAGAAGACGACUUGUGUAGAAAGUUUAUUAUGAACGUAACCUGGAGAAGAUGCACUUUGCAUUUCUUUACAGCGAGAACUUGCCUUAGUAGUCAUUCGAAUGCCUUGUGGGCUGACAGGAGCGGUGGAAACGUGCUGUGGGGAAAUUUUUACAGAUACACGCAAAUGAAAACACACCUCUGCCCUGUUUAGUAACACGGUGCCUUUAACAGAGUGCGGUCGCAGCUCUCAGACCACACGUACAGGUUCUCCCUGAUCCAUCAACUCUGGACAUCAGUCCAGCCUGGGAAACCUUUCUGAUGAGUAAUCUGUAACAAAACGGAGGGUCCACUGGAAAUAUCCUCAGGAAGAUGAUCAUCUCGGUGAUGCGAGAGAAUACGGUAUUGAGGACUGCAUAUAUGGUAUCUGCCUGCAUACAGAACUGAGAGUCCAACCUAAACACUUGGUGUGUUGAUGUGAAGAAAUACGGUGGUCUCUUGGAAUCUGCAGUUUCCUUCAUUUUUUAUUUUUUUUUGAUCCAAUUCCAGGAACAAUGCGAAAGAUUUUAUAAGGCAUUUUGGUUCAAUGUUAUGAUUCUAAUCACACUUGUAAUAAUUUCCCGAUUUUCUGUUGUUAAGUCUAUUUAUCUUGCCUUACUGAUUGGUUGACCAAUGGUGCUGCAGUGGUGUGUUUUUAUUCUGUGGGUUCGUAACAGGAUUCUGUGGACUAAGAGCCCGCUGCUUUACCUGAACCUCAGCCAUCAAGUGCACUUUAUCCAUCAGAGACCAUGAAACAGGCUGCAAGACAAAAAUGUUCUCAUGUCACGAGAUAAACAAGGACGGUUAUACAAAUGGACUGCCUUUCUGAAAAUCCUUGUUUCUUGGACCCGACAUCAAACGGUCCUCUGAUAGAGAAAGAGUACUCUUGUGAUUUUCCGACACGCUGAUGAUCGAGCCUGUCAGUACUUAAUCAUACUUCUGAACUCCUCCUUCCGAAGCUGCACUGAUAUCAGCCCGUCAUGUAAUCUACUGAAGAACAUCACGUUGCUGUGUUCCAUCAACCAACACUGGCACUGUUUCACAAAAAAACGCUGAUGGAAGAGAUGGACGGUGUGUGCUUAUCUGGUGAGAAACGUUCACUGGCCUGAGACGUUCUGUGGUUUAGCCAAGGAGCUUCGUUGCUGUUUGUGUAGUGGACAGAAAGCCAUUGCAUGUGCUCAUAGAUAUUACAACUCCUGUCAGUGAUCCAGAAAAAAAACAACAACAAAAAAAAGAAUAAAUAAACUAAUUGUGUACUUUUUUUUGAAUGGUCAGUUAUUUCCGAACUGAAGUCUAUCAUGAAAUAAAUAUUUCUUCUUUUGUCUAA